AUGGGCGACUGGAGCUUCUUGGGGCGGCUGCUGGAGAAUGCGCAGGAGCACUCCACAGUCAUCGGCAAGGUGUGGCUGACUGUGCUGUUCAUCUUCCGCAUCCUGGUGCUGGGGGCGGCGGCCGAGGAGGUGUGGGGCGACGAGCAGUCAGACUUUACUUGCAACACGCAACAACCCGGGUGCGAGAACGUCUGCUACGACCGCGCUUUCCCCAUCUCGCACAUCCGCUUCUGGGCUCUGCAGAUCAUCUUCGUGUCCACGCCCACCCUCAUCUACCUGGGCCACGUGCUGCACAUCGUGCGCAUGGAGGAGAAGAAGAGAGAGCGGGAGGAAGAGAUGCUGAGGAGAGACAACCCCCAGCACGGCCGUGGCCGCGAGCCGAUGCGUACAGUGAGUCCGCGGGAUCCGCCACUGCGUGAUGACCAUGGCAAGGUGCGCAUUGCGGGCGCGCUGCUGCGGACCUAUGUCUUCAACAUCAUCUUCAAGACGCUCUUCGAAGUGGGCUUCAUCGCAGGCCAGUACUUUCUCUAUGGCUUCCAGCUGCAGCCACUUUACCGUUGUGACCGCUGGCCCUGCCCCAACACGGUAGACUGCUUCAUCUCUAGGCCCACAGAGAAGACCAUCUUCGUCAUCUUCAUGCUGGCUGUUGCCUGUGCGUCACUGGUGCUCAACAUGCUGGAGAUUUACCACCUGGGCUGGAAGAAGCUCAAGCAGGGAGUUACCAACCACUUCAGCCCCGAUGCCUCAGAAGCCAGUCACAAGCCCUUGGACCCCCUACCUCACACCUCCAGCUCUGGCCCUCCCAGCGCCUCCAUUGGGUUCCCACCUUUCUACACACACCCUGCCUGUCCCCCAGUACAGGCCAGGGCCACGGGGUUUCCUGAGGCCCCACCACCACCAGCAGACUUCACAGUGGUAACCCUGAACGAUGCGCAAGGCAGAGGCCACUCUGUCAAGCACUGCAAUGGCCUCCAUCUGAUCACAGAGCAGAACUGGGCCAACAGAGUGGCAGAGCCGCAGACCUCUGCUAGCAAGGCCUCUUCGGUAGCGUCCAGCCCCGAGGGCCGCAAGGCGCUCACGGACAGCAGUGGCAGCAGCCUGGAAGAGAGUGCCUUGGUGGCAACGCCAGAGGAGGGAGAGCAGGCCUUGGCUACCACAGUGGAGAUGCACUCCCCGCCCUUGGUCCUCCUGGAUCCAGGAAGGUCCAGCAAGGCCAGCAGUGGGCGGGCCAGACCUGGUGACUUGGCCAUCUAG